GGGCUGCAGUUCAAGUAUUUUUCCUAGAAAUGCUAUUGUAUAGGCCCGAUCCUACAUUUUAGGCCCGAAAUAUGCUACGACUGUGUAAACAGGGGCAUCCCAUCAGGACUUGCGAGUCACAUGGCUACCUCCCCAUAGAAAAAUCUAGGAAGCUGAGAGUGGAAGGUCCACCACAUUCACAAGCAAAGAGAUAAUGGGAUCUCUCUGGAACUCCACCUACUUGUGUUCUUCAUCCCCAGUUCAAAACAAUCCAUCGUUAUUCUCUUCUUUAAGCAAGAAAAAUGUAAAUUCCUUUUGCAAUUUCACCAACAAAUCCUUCCAGAUUUCUUGCAAACUUAGUGAAAGUGAAGUUAAAGAAAACCAUGCUAGCUCCAGUAGUAAUAAGAAGAUGGAGGAAUACAACUUAGCUAUGAAGAGAAUGAUGCGUAACCCUUAUGAAUAUCACCAUGAACUUGGAAUGAACUACACAUUGAUAACAGAAGAUCUUAUUGUUGGAUCCCAGCCCCAGAAAAUUGAAGAUAUAGAUCAUUUGAAGGAAGAGGAGAAGGUCGCUUUUAUACUAAACUUGCAGCAGGACAAAGAUAUUGAGUUUUGGGGAAUAGACCUCCAGUCUAUCGUUAGAAGAUGUUCAGAGCUCGGAAUUCAUCACAUGAGAAGGCCUGCAAGAGAUUUUGAUCCAGAUUCCUUGAGGAAUGUAUUACCUAAAGCUGUUUCAUCACUGGAGUGGGCGAUUUCGGAAGGAAAAGGAAGAGUGUAUGUACAUUGCACUGCUGGAUUGGGAAGGGCACCUGCUGUUUCAAUUGCUUAUAUGUUCUGGUUCUGUGGAAUGGAUCUAGAUACAGCCUAUGAUACACUCAUUUCAAAGAGACCCUGUGGGCCCAACAAAAGGUCAAUACGAGGAGCUACUUAUGAUUUGGCUAAAAAUGGUCAGUGGAAGGAGCCCUUGGAGAAUCUGCCAGAUUAUGCCUUCGCGGAUGUAGCAGAUUGGGAGAGAAAACUGAUUCAAGAUCAUGUGCGGGCCCUUCGUGACACUUGAGAAUGCUGCAUGGAAUUAUUCGAGAGAGCGAAGCUGCUCCUUGAAGUGAAGCCCAAUGAUAGUAUGUUGCAAAUUUAGCAUAUGAAUAAGGUGCUCCUGUAACAUAUUAGGUCAGUAGAUUCCUUAUAAUUGUAUACCCCCAUUAUAAAGUGAGCCCAUCAACUGAAAGUUCAUUACAGGGGAGAACUUGUUUAUUCAUGUUGUGUAGAACAAUAGCUUGAGGGGAUCUAUGUUCUCUUGAGGGGAUCUAUGUUCUCUUUCUGUACAACAACUUACAAAGAGGUGUUCUAUAGAAUAAUAGGUUGAUACAAACGAGGAGACUCAUUGAUUCACCUAACCCUUUCACAUAAUUCACAUACAAACUACCUAGAACAACUUCGUCACUGUAAGCUAGAGAAUCUUGAUCUUAUAAGUAAUUUUAACUUCCUGCAAGGGUGUCUGCCUUGUAUAAUUUUUUUUACUUGAGCAGCCUUUUACCCUUAUGGGCUUAUCACACAACUACUUCAGUGAGUCGACUCCACAUUGCUUGGGCAGCAUGGCUGAGUUAUUGGUACUAAACUUGAGAAAGAAUAAUUUCAGUGGGAGUCUUCUAUCGUUAUGUUCUCGUAGCACUUCAUUGAUGACCACUGUCUUGAAUGGUAAUCAAUUUAAAGGGUCUACCCUAUGUCAUUGUUCAAUUGUUAUGGUUGAGAAGUCCUUGAUAUGGGGAAUAAUGCUAUAAAUGGCACAUUUCCAGCUUGUGUUUCUGAGAGAGCUGCAGGUUCUUAUAUUGAAGCUGAACAAGUUCUCUGGACCAUAAGUGCUUGGCAAACUACUUUUGCUUUCCCAUGUUGUGGAUUUUGGAUCUUUCUCCUAACAAAUUUAGUAGCUCACUGCUUGCAAAAGUUUAUGAAAGCUGGAGAAUGACGAGACCAGAUGACGGCAAACAUGAAAUAUAGCUUCAAGUUGUGCAAUGAAAUAGGGUAGUUCCUUGAUUGGUUUUCAUUCAAGACAAUAGUCAUUAAUGAAGUUUUCAGAGUACAUAAUGAUGGAAGACUUUCACUGAAAUUGUUCAUUCUCAAGUCUAGCAACAAUAGUUCAACUAUGCAAUGUAGAACUGGAUCGCUCAAUUUGUUGUGUGAUGAAACCAGAAGGGUAAAACUGCUUUAAAUUACAUAGAAAAGGUGGACAACUUUGAAGGAAGUUAAAUUUAAGUUCAAGAUACUCUAGGUUAUAGUAAUGAAGUUCCAGGUGGCUUGUAAGUGAAUUAUGUGAAAGGUUUAGGUAAAUCAAUGAGUCCCAUCUCUUUUCUAUCAACCUAGUGCUCUACAUAACCUCCUUGUAAGUAAUUUUGUCUUAGCCCACAACAUGCAGUCAGUGUACUCCAUAAGAGGAGCAUGCCCGAUAUAGAGGCUAAUAAUGCUUCAAUACUCUCUUUAAUUAAUUUCAGACUUAAUGAAUGUGGCCUUUUAAUUUGCGAA